UCCUCCUUCAAUUACAAUAGGUUGAUAACAAGAAACUAGCCAUACAGUUAGUGCAAAGAUAUUCAACUGCAAAAUUUUCAUUCACAUUCCAGUAAGCAAUGGCUGCCUCAUAUGCUAUUCAAUCUCUCUUGGCGAGCCCUGUGACUCGCCUUUCAAACAGGUCCAGCGUGAACCAGCUUGGCGUUCCAGCAGCAUACAUGCCAACCCUGCGCAGGAAUGUCAGUCUCAGAGUUAGAUCUAUGGCUGAGGAAGAGACGAAAGGGGAGAAAAGAAGCCCUGCUACAUCAGGGAAGUCGGAGCCCCAGCCAUUUUCUUCUCCCUCACCCAAGAAACAGGUGAGCACAAAAUUCUCAGACGUUUUGGCAUUCAGUGGACCAGCACCGGAGAGGAUCAACGGGAGAUUGGCGAUGAUAGGGUUUGUGGCGGCAAUGGCGGUGGAGGUAGCGAAAGGGCAAGACGUGUUCGCGCAGAUCGCCGACGGAGGAAUCCCGUGGUUCUUGGGGACAAGCAUCAUCUUAUCGCUUGCAUCGCUGAUUCCAUUGUUCAAAGGAGUGAGCGUAGAAUCAAAGUCUCAAUCAUUCAUGUCUUCUGAUGCAGAGCUCUGGAACGGCAGAUUCGCGAUGCUGGGAUUAGUCGCACUAGCUCUCACUGAAUUUGUCAAAGGAGGAACCCUAGUGUGAUUUUAGUUUACUUGCUUUGUAACUAUAACAAUUAUUACAAUUAAUGUUUUUUUUUCCCGCCAAGUAUCUAUUAAAUGAAAUGUUGAAGAUGUGAGAAUCUUCUUUGACCAUACCCUUUGCAUAUUUGCUCGACAAAAAUGAAGGAAAAAAUUGCUGUUUG